GAGCAAGCGACGGCGCGGCCCGAUGCGCCCGCCAUCUGCGCUUGGGACGGCGAGCUGACGUACGGCGAGCUAGAUGCACUAUCAACCAAGCUGGCGGGUCACCUUGUCCAGAUCGGCGUCAAGCCUGAAGACAUGGUGCCGCUGUGCUUCGAGAAGUCGAUGUGGACAGUGGUGGCCAUGCUGGCC